GCGCCUCCUCAUUCCGGCGCCUAGAAUGGGAGGCGUCGGCCAGGAGGGGGUCUCUCACCCGUAUUGGCCGCGGGAUUUGCGGUUGCCCGGUUACCGCAGCAAUGAGCGCACCGUCGGUAGCAUCCUCGCCUUCCUCUUCGCCGUCUCCGCCACUCUGCUCGGCGCCACCUGGCUGCUGAGCGGCCGGCGGCGGGGCCCGAGGCUGGGGGCGGCCCGCAGGCUGGCCGUCUGCUGGUUCGCCGUCUGCGCUUUCAUCCACGGGGUGAUCGAGGGCUGGUUCAGCCUGAAAUACCGGCAGAUCCCCGGGGACCAGGCAUUCCUGUCCCAGCUCUGGAAGGAAUACGCUAAGGGAGACAGCAGAUAUGUCACUGCUGACAAUUUCACAGUGUGCAUGGAGACCAUCACUGCCUGGACCUGGGGUCCUCUGAGCCUCUGGACUGUCGUGGCCUUCCUGAAGAAUAAACCGUAUCGUUUUGUCCUGCAGCUCAUUGUCUCCCUGGGCCAGCUCUAUGGGGAUGUUCUCUAUUUCUACACUGAAUACCAGGAUGGCUUCAGCCACAGUGAGGUCGGACACCCGCUCCACUUCUGGUUCUACUUUGUCUUCUUGAACUCUCUCUGGAUUGUCAUCCCAGCCCUCCUGAUCCUGGACGCCUGGCUCAACCUCAGUCGAGCACAGCAGGUGGCUGACCGGAACUUUCCUCCCACCAGCAGCAAGUCCAAAAGCACGUGACGGGACCCUGCUGGGGGGGGCUGGGGGUGGUGGUGGUGGUGGUGGUGCUGGGUCUGUCUCAUCUUGUCUUUCACCUCCACUCUCCUCUUGAGACCUCAAUCCCAUUGGCCGUGAUCUUAUUGAAUGGCGGAGCAGGCUUGAGGGGCUGUGUGUCUUCCUAAUUUGCCUGUACUUUUUAUCGGUUGAGUACCCCAAUCGAUGUGGGAGCCCAUCAGCUAGCACUGUACUGUCUCUCUGGGCAUCACUUCCUCUCUGGUCUGGACGCUGAUGGAUUUUGGAACAACUUUCAAAUGCCUAACCCCAAGUGUGUGAAUCAGAAGCUAUCCUUAAACAGAAAAAUUGACCUCAAACAUAAGAGAGUGAUUGAUUCAUUCAUGUGCGCUCUGCUCAAAGGCAGCUCCUUGGCUCAUGCUGUUUCCUUGGCUGGUUUAUCUUUGUCGUUCCUUGAUUGCCACUACCUUCUACUCUCAGGAGCAGGGCAUAGAGGCAUAUUCCAAGUCUGCCUCAGCCAGAAUGCUGUUGGCGUUGUUCUGAGCCUCUUGCUAACCAUCUAGCCAAUUGAAUGAACCAGCCCUGAAAUGUGAUUAAAGCAUUAUCAAGCAAUAAUUGAAAUUGUUCCUCUCCCUCAUUGAGAAAUGAUCUUGGCUCAGGAAAUCAAAAUCCAACAAUUGUUUGAUCCCAAGACUUCCGCACCAUGGAGUGGUUGGAAUGUAUCUUACAAAAAUCUACUCGCCACAGAGGCAGUGAGACAGAGGGUUCACUGGACUGAUCCCUGGGCUGUCGAGAUAGUCUUGUGAGGAGAGGUUGAGGAGACUGGGUGUGUAUUCGCUAGAGUUUGGCAAAAUGAUGCAGUUUUAUCGAACCAUACACCCGGUCACGCCCUGUAAGAAUUUUGUAUGUGGAUAGAAUCUUUCCCCAGAUGGAGAGUCCAGAACAGAGUCUCAGAAUAAGGGGUAGGCCAUUUAGGGCUGAGAUGAGGAGUAAUUUCUUCACUGAGAGGGUGGGGAAUCUUUAGAAUUCUCUACCCCAGAGAGCUCAUUUAUUGAGCAUGUUCAUGAUAGGAAUCAAUUAGAUAUAUGGAGAUGAAGGACAUCAAGGGAUAUGGCGAUGGUCAGUCAUGAUCUGAUUGAAUGGUAGAGCAGGUUUGAAGGGCUGAAUGGCCCUACUCCUGCUUCUGUCCCAAAUAAAUUCUUAGCCUUGAGGGCGAAAUCCUUUUGUAGGAACUAUAUGAAGAUUAAAAUCACCCAUGAUUAUUGUGGCACCUUUCUUACAUGCUGCCAUUAUUUCAUUUAUUGUCCUUCAUAAAAACUUUUUAAAAAAAAACCCUAAUAAGAUAUAUCCCAUCAGUGACUUCUUUCUUUGCUAUUUCUGGCCUCCACCCAAACUGAUUCUACAUCUUGAUUUUCUGAACCAAGAUCAUUUCUCACUACCAGAGACCAAUCUUGUCCUUUAUUAACGGCGCUACCCCACUUCCUACCUCACUGCAUAUUCGGUUGAAAGCCCCUUGAAUAUUCAGUUCCCAGUCCCGGUCACUUUGCAAUGAAGAACAGGCAGCCUUGGUGCUGCCAUAUCCCCACCCCUACAGAGUCAAAAUCAUCAGGAGAGGUGAAACGGGGGAAGGGUUGGACAGACAGUUUGCUCACUCUGAGCCUCUUAUGUCCAGAAUGGUGGGUGCAAUGUCCUUGUCAUGUUACUGUCUGGAAUCAUUCUUAAGCUGCUGUAAUUUUUAGGGUUUUGUACUGAAUAUAUUGAAAAUGAAUAAAUGUACACAUUCCACACUGUU